AUGUCAUCAUCAAAUGAACAAUAUGAUGAACAAUCUCAUUUGAUCGAUUCUCGACGUCCAUCAAUGUCAUUCUUAGAUACUCCUAUUGGAUCCUUCAAAGGACCAAAUUCACUUCAUAACUUUGCAACUUCAUUCGCAAGAGCUCAAUCAUAUGCUGCAUCCAAAAUAGAUAAUGACAUUCAUAAACGAAGAUCAUUCUUUACUCAUGCCCCAGGCGAUGAUGGUGUUAUCAUAGACGAUGAAACAUUCGAUCCCGAAUUGAUGGUACCAUCUACUAAAGGUGAAAGAUUGAGUAUGGUGAUUCAUGAUCUUCAGAAUAGAAAUCAAGUGUUUGCUAAUGAUGUUCAUGAUACUGCCUAUAACGAUGUAUUUUAUCAUGACGAUCUCAUGAAUGCAUUAUACGAAUCAAGAUCCAGAAGAGGAUCUGAAUAUGGAGCAGUCACUCAAGCUAUCCCGAUACAUCGCCAGAAAAUUCGUCCAGUACAAUCUUUUUCCAGUUUAAGAUCAGCAAUGUCUAUAGUUACAACCACUUCACAAAUCACUCUUAAGAAAAUAGAAGACAGUGAUGGAAAUAUUGUUACUGUAUUAGCUGGACAAUCAACUGCACCUCAAACCAUUUUCAACUCGAUUAAUGUAUUGAUUGGGGUUGGAUUAUUGGCAUUACCAGUUGGGAUCAUGAAAGCUGGUUGGAUCUUUGGUGUACCUAUUUUAGUUUUAUGUGGAUUAUCAACUUAUUGGUCGGCAACUUUAUUAUCAACUGCUAUGGAUACUGAUUAUACUAUUAUGACAUAUGCUGAUUUAGGUUAUGCAUCAUAUGGAUCCAUAGCCAAAUUAAUAAUUUCAUUACUUUUUUCUAUCGAUUUACUUGGGGCAGGGGUUGCUUUAAUUGUAUUAUUCAGUGAUUCUUUAUUUGCAUUACUUGGAGAUGACUUAGUUUGGACACAAACUAGAUUCAAACUUAUCAGUUUCAUUGUUUUGACUCCAUUUACAUUUGUUCCAUUACCCAUUUUAUCUAUCAUUUCCUUAUUUGGAAUCUUAGCCACAAUUUCAAUUACUCUUUUGGUUAUGAUGUGUGGGCUUUUGAAAGUCUCAUCACCAGGAUCAUUAUUGGAAGUUAUGCCAACCAAUUUAUGGCCAGAAUCAAUCCCAAAUUUACUUUUGGCAAUUGGAAUCUUAAUGGCACCGUUUGGUGGACAUGCCAUUUUUCCAAACUUAAAAAGUGAUAUGAGACAUCCUUACAAAUUUAAGAAAACAUUGAGAUAUACAUAUUUUAUCACCUUAAUUACCGAUUGUUCUAUGGGUAUACUUGGAUUUUUAAUGUUUGGGGCAUAUUGUAGUAAUGAAAUUACAAAUACAUUAUUAAUGACACCAGGAUAUCCUUCAUUCGUAUAUCCUUUAAUUAGUGGGUUGAUUUGUUUAGUUCCUUUGGCUAAGACUCCCUUGAAUGCAAAACCAAUUAUUUCAUCUUUAGAUGUAUUAUUGGGAACCGAUAAGGAAUCAUCAAGUAACCUUCGAAAGAUUUAUAAUGGACUUAGUAAAUUCAUUAUUAGAGUUGGUGUAAAUUUGGUAUUUGUACUUUUGGCAAUAGUUUUCCCAGAAUUUGAUAAAAUUAUUGGAAUGCUUGGAUCAUCAAUUUGUUUUAUUAUUUGCCUUAUUUUACCUUGUUUAUUUUACCUUCGUUUAUAUAGCCCAAUGUACAUUCCAAAAAAGUAUUCAGAAGAAGAAUGGCAAGAAACGGAAUUCUUAAUUAAGAAAUAUCCAUUAGCCACACUUGUUACUACUUGUUCCGAGACCGGAGAAAUUAUAGCAAAUCAUAUUCCGUUCUUCUUGAAAGAAGAUCAAGAAACCGGUAAGAAAUAUUUAAUUGCUCAUGUUGCUAAAUCAAACCCUCAAGUUCCUUCAUUAACUUCAAAUGAACGAGUAUUAGUUAUUUUUCAAAGUAGUAAUUCAUAUAUUACUCCAAAUUAUUAUCCAGGAAAACCCGAAACCGAAAAAUAUGUCCCAACUUGGGAUUUUGCAUCUGCUCAUAUCUAUGGAUCUUCAAGAAUCAUCGAUGACUUUGAUUUUGUAAGAGAUCAAAUUAACAAAUUGACAGAUCAAAAUGAACAAGGGAAUGCACACCCUUGGAAGGUUUCCGAUGCUCCUGAAGGAUAUUUGAAAGUAAUGCAGAAAGCAAUUACUGGACUUGAAAUAGAAAUUAAGGAAACUCAAUGUAAAUACAAGUUUGAACAAGGUAUGAAAAGAAGAGAUGUGGAUGGUGUUAUUGAAGGAUUGGAAAAAGAUGGUUUGAAUGAAAUUUCUCAAUUAACUAUAGAGGCAAAUUUGAGAAAGGAAGAAAGAGCCAAAGCUGGUUAA